AUGGCGCCUUCCCAGCAACGUCUCGAGAAGAAGAAAGAGCAGCGCAAGCGCCGCAAUGAGCGCUUGAAGAGGGAUGCUAGGAUUGAGAGGGGCACAGAUAUGACGCCGCAGGCGUAUCAGGAGAAGUUGCUCGCAGAGCGUCAGGCCAAGAUGAGCAAGCGCAUCGAUUGGGCCGCCGGACUCAAUAGCGUGCCAGUCGACGUGAACCUCGAGAACCUCCGCACCCACCACCCCGACGCCUACACCCACAUCACUAAGAUCGGCAGCGUGCCACUCAAGUCGCAGGACCUCUUCUCCAACCGCGCAAUCUGGUUCAAUGAGCUCCACGCCGGCUACACUUGCAACACCCGCAACCCGAUCUGUGGGAUGAAUUACUUCCGCCAACGCGUGCACGUCGCCCUCGACGGCGUCGACUCUCUCUCGAAGCUCCAGCGCCUGUACCUCCAUGCGAUCCGGGAAGCCAAAUCCGACCAAGGCGCCACCACCUUCUCCGCGCGCGAGGCAUUCUUGUGGGAUUGGCAGAACACUGGUGAGGAUAUCUUGGUGACUACGAGAAAUGCGAUGAGGCGCGCGGAGGAGUUCACGUUGAAGCAGAUCUAUGGUGGCAUGGAUACUGUCACGCUUCUCGAGCGCGCGGGCGGAGGUGAGGGGAAGAGCAAGCGCUACAGUGGCGGGAUGGCCGACGAUGCCAUGGAGAUCGAUGGGCUGGCGGCGGGUGAAGCAGGGAGGGUUCUCGAGGGCGGGAAGAGCGGAAAAGGCAAGAGCAGCCGCUAUACUGGGGUGAAUGUGGAGACGAUUGAGGAGCUGACGUCCGUGGUUGCUGGGCUGAAUCUCGAUGAUCUGGAAGACGAUGAGGAGGAGAACACCCGCUACAGUGGCGGCGGAAGCGAUGAGGAGACGGAGAAGACGGGUGCUUUGCGGGACGACUGGGUGGUGAAGGUCUGGUUGCGCCUGAAUGGUGCCAUCGCUAUGAAGGCUCUGCUUUGGGUUGAUGGCCAGCUGAGUGACGAGGCGAAGGGGCUUGGCGAUGUUGAGCUGGAGAUCAUGCAGGAGUUUGCGCAGAACAAGGUGUACAAGGCGGCCUUGGCGCGGCAAAAGGAGCGGAUGGGACAGGCAUAG